AUGGCGAGCCUCUCGGCACCCAACGCCUACCUGGGCGAGAAGCCCAAGUCUCGUAGAUCCAAGUCGCGUUCCAAGUCGCGUUCCAAGUCGCGCUCCCCAGCCCCGAACGGCCGAAAGCAGCACAACACACAGCAGCAGAAGGUCCAAGGCUACACUUCCGAGGGAGUGCAGGACCACGAUAUCUUCAACCUCCCUGGCUCGGACUGGUCACUGCUGGCCGUUUUGACCUUCAUUGCGGCCGGCGUUCGACUCUUCCGGAUUUCACAGCCUACCAGUGUUGUCUUCGAUGAAGUUCACUUCGGUGGGUUCGCAUCGAAAUACAUUAAGGGCAGAUUCUUCAUGGACGUCCACCCUCCGCUCGCGAAGCUCCUCAUUACACUGGCAGGAUGGUUGGGUGGAUUUGACGGAAACUUCGACUUCAAAGACAUCGGCAAAGACUAUCUGGAGCCCAAGGUCCCAUAUGUCACCAUGCGCAUGCUGCCCGCUAUCUGCGGAGUGUUGACGAUCCCGACCAUGUUCCUCACCCUCAAGGCCGCGGGUUGCCGUACUACCACUGCGGCCCUGGGCGCUGGACUUGUCAUCUUUGAUAAUGCGCUCGUCACCCAGUCCCGCCUUAUCCUACUCGACUCGCCGCUCAUCAUCUUCACGGCCGUCACCGCACUCGCCUGGACAAGCUUCAUGAACCAGCACGAACAAGGACCCUCCAAGGCCUUCCAGCCAUCUUGGUGGUUUUGGUUGGCUGCUACCGGUGUCGGACUCGGUGCAACAGUCAGUGUCAAAUGGGUCGGCCUCUUCACCAUCGCCUGGGUUGGUAGCUUGACACUGGUACAACUCUGGGUUCUUCUCGGAGAUACCAAGAACGUCACGCCGCGCCUGUGGUUCAAGCACUUCUUCGCUCGCAUGUUUUGCCUGAUCGUCAUUCCCGUCUCGUUCUACAUGGCCAUGUUCGGAAUCCACUUCAUCUGCCUGGUCAACCCUGGUGAGGGUGACGGCUUCAUGUCUUCUGAGUUCCAGGCGACACUGAACUCCAAGGGCAUGCAAGCUGUUCCCGCCGACGUCGCUUAUGGAAGCCGUGUCUCUCUACGCCACUGGAACACUCAAGGCGGAUAUCUCCAUUCUCACAGCCACAUGUACCCCACCGGUAGCAAGCAGCAACAGAUUACCCUCUACCCCCACAAGGACGAGAACAACAUCUGGAUCAUGGAAAACCAGACUCUGCCAAUCAUGCCUGAAGACUACACUGGCCCAAACCUCACAAGCCCCAAAGCUUGGGACAACGUUGGCCCUACUUAUAUUGAAGAUGGCGGUGUCAUUCGCCUCUACCAUAUCACCACCGACAGACGCCUCCACUCGCACGAUGUUCGUGCUCCUGUUACCGAGGCCGACUGGCAAAACGAGGUUUCUGCCUACGGUUACGAAGGCUUUGAGGGUGAUGCGAACGAUCUGUUCCGCAUUGAGAUUGUCAAGAGCAAGUCUGAUGGAGCCGUGGCAAAGAAGCGCGUCCGAACUAUCCAGACCAAGUUCAGGCUUGUUCAUGUCAUGACUGGUUGUGCGCUAUUCUCACACAAGGUGAAGCUCCCUGACUGGGGUUUCGAGCAACAAGAGGUCACUUGCGCUCGGCAAGGCACAUUGCCCAACAGCAUCUGGUACAUCGAGGGCAAUGUUCACCCCUUGAUGGUAGACGGAGAGGUCGAAAAGGUCAACUACCGCAACCCCGGAUUCUUCGGCAAGUUUUGGGAGUUGCAGAAGGUCAUGUGGAAGACCAACGCUGGCCUUACUGAAUCGCACGCCUGGGAUUCGCGCCCUCCAUCGUGGCCCAUUCUACGCCGCGGUAUCAACUUCUGGGGCAAGCAUAAUCGUCAGAUCUAUCUUCUGGGUAACCCGGUGAUCUGGUGGAGCUCGAGCGCGCUCAUCGCUCUCUACAUCGCUAUCAAAGGCUUCGCCAUUCUCCGUUGGCAGCGCGGCUACCGUGAUUACAACAACGUCACCUUCAAACGUUUCGACUACGAAGUUGGCAUGAGCAUUCUCGGUUGGGCUUUCCACUACUUCCCAUUCUACCUGAUGGCGCGCCAGCUGUUCUUGCACCACUACCUGCCCGCUCUGUACUUUGCCAUCCUUGCACUUUGCCAGAUCUUUGACUUCGUGAGCUACCGCUUCAGUGUCUUUGGUUUGAGGCAAUACCCCGCGAUCGGCCAAGCAGCGGCUGUCGGUUUCCUCGCUGUCGCUAUCACAGUCUUCACUGUAUACUCUCCCCUAGCAUACGGCAACGCAUGGACCAAGGAUGCUUGCAAGAGCGUUAAGCUGUUCGACACUUGGGACUGGGAUUGCAACAACUUUCUAAACUCUUACGAAGCAUACAACGUCAUGCACUCUGAGCCUGUAGCAUCCAUCGCCGUGCCUUCAUCAGCAGCACCUGCUCCUCCGGCUCCAGUCGCACCAGAAGUCGUCCCUGAGGUCAAGCAAGAACAGCCUAAGGAACAGCCAGAGCAACCAAAAGAAGCGAAGGGAGAGAACGUGAUGUCUGAGCAAGCGGUAGUUUCCCCGCCACCUCAGGAGGCCCCCAAGGAUCUACCUGUUGUUUCCAAGGAAGAGCGUAUCGAGUACCGCGACGAGAACGGCCGCAUCCUCAAUGACGAUGAGGUAUCAGCACUUGCUGGAAAGGUCAGCUUCAAGACGCGUUACGAGACCCGAACCCGUAUCGUCGAUGGCGAAGGCCACGAGAUCUACGAGGGCCUUGUAGACUCGCAUGGUGACGCUGAAGAAAACGGUGUCGCACCUCCCCACCCAGACGCCGAAGGCCGUAACCCUGAGACACAAGAGCAGGCCAAUGCUCCCGAAGCCAGCGAGGCACCACCUACUGUCGAGGUCGUGGAAGAUCAGCAGAAGGAGAAGAGCAUUGAGCAGCAUCAGGACGAUGCUCAGCCAGCAAGUGAGGCUCAAUCUGCAACGCAAAAGGAUGAGUAA